AAAAAACUCGCUUCUAACUGCGCUCCGUCACUUCUCGACAGAGCAUAGCGGGAGGAGAGCAAAGCAGUCGGCCGGUCGUGUCUCUACCCGAGGCCGGAUGGUAAAAUCCAACCUCCAGCGGAUCCUAAACAGUCAUUGCUUUGCUCGCGAAAAGGAAGGAAAACAGCAGCCCCUCACCACAAUGGCGGAUUUGAGUAGCGGUAUUUGUGACAUGAUUGCAAAUCUGUCCACGCACUGUAGUAGUAGUACCCGCGGCCCGGGGCCUCUGUGGUGCUCCGAUGCCCCUCUCCCACCCCUGAAGAUCCCAGGUGGGCGAGGGAAUGGCACACGGGAUCACGCUCCUGCAGCUCGGUUGCUCUACUCCGACCUGAAGUUGACCGUUAGCGAGGAGCCGGCAGGCGGCGGUCGCCCCGGGAUACUCCACUUCCAAAGUCGUCCCACCGUCAGCAAGACGGUCCAGUGGGACGCCGUCGUGAGCGGCGGCGCGCUCUUCGUGGAGAUCCCGCUCGGACCGCUGCCCGAAGGCAGCAAGGAGAGCUUAGUGUCGCUGUUGGAAUACGCCGAACAACGUCUGAAAGUGGUCAACGUCUUCGUCUGCUUCUACAAGAACAGGGAUGACCGCGCGAAGCUGGUGCGCACGUUCAGUUUCCUGGGCUUCGGGAUCGUGAAACCGGGCCACGCCCUCGUCCCGCCUCGACCCGACAUCCUCUUCAUGGCCUACAAUUUAGACAGGGACUCCUCCGACGAGGAGUAGCCCCACCCCCGGCCCACCCCCCCCCCCCUUACGUUCCGCCCUCCUCCUUCCACUCUCGUGUACUCGUCGUUCUCCCCGUGUUUCGUUUGCGAGUCACUUUUGGAUAAAAGAGGGAAGGAGGUUUUGGCUCGCUUAGUGUUAGCUGUGGCAGCGCUUUUGUUUAUCCAUGGAGUUGUUCUGUUUCAACGUACAACACUCGUGCACACGAAAAAAGGUCAUCAGGUUUUUUGGGUUGUAUUUUAUUUUAUAAUUUUUUUUUUUUUACACUGGUACGGCGGUGACAAAAUGCCUGUCAUGUUGAAAUCUUUUUGAGGGGGACCACUGGCGUAGCACUCACAUCCACUUUUUGGAUAACUACCCUGUCGACUGGUACUUAUAAACAGCACAGUAUUUUUUUUUUUUUUUUGGUUUUUGGGGCUUCGUCUUGAUGUAAAUCUCAUUUAUUAAUUUCAUGUUUUUUGGGUUUUUUUGGUGGGGUGUUAUCAGGAGGGAGGGGAAAAACUGAUGUUCGGAUAGGACUGACUUUGUAUCUGCAUUCCUUUUUAUUUCAAGUUCACUUGACACCUUUGUGCUAUUGUACCUAUUGUUUCUCUUAUAAUAAAACAAAUCCCCAAAUGUUUA